AUGUCACAUUAUUCUUCAACGAUUGGUGCCACUCUAGUCACCGAGGGUUUAUGGCGCAAAUUUCAUCAGCAUACCACUGAAAUGAUCGUCACGAAAAGUGGCCGGAAGAUAUUUCCCAAACUCGAGUACAAGCUUCAUGGCAUGGACCCAAAUGAGUCAUAUGCGUUAAUGCUACACAUUGAAAGGGCCGACGAUAUGAGGUACAAGUUCAGCGCAGGAGAUUGGUCAACAAAUGGGAAGGGAGAACCGCCAACACCAUCUCGUGGUGUUCCUCAUCAUGACCUUACAAUUGACACCGGCCGAGGAUGGAUGAGCAAGACAGUUGCAUUUGAUCGAGUAAAAGUCACGAACAAUCAGCAAGACACGGAUACGUUCCAUGUGAGGAUUUUUGCAAUUUUCAGAAAAGAACUUUUAGGAAACAGCUGCUUCCUAAAGUCGUUGGGUACAAUUUUUGGUUAUUCUUCAAUCGAUGCACAAAUACGUUCCGGUCCUGUACGUCUACCAAAUGCCAGAUACGAUAAUGUGGUUGAACCAGAACACGCCAGCAUUAGACCCGUCCUUUUUGGUUGCAGCCAUAAGUCAUUGGUCGUUAACUCAUCAGCUGAAAUGACCACAAUUGCUCUUUCCAGGUUCAACUUCACAGAGUUCAUUGCCGUAACUGCCUACCAAAAUAACGAAGUGACUCAGCUCAAGAUAUCGCACAAUCCUUUUGCCAAAGGUUUCCGUGAAGGUUCAGAACGGGAUCGAAAACGAGCGUCGACCAGUCCGCUCUUCAGUGAGCCAUCACCAAAACGCAUCUCACCCACAGCAGCUUCGGAUGUAAAGGUGAAAUGCGAGCCCUCGUUUGGAAGUGCAUUCCUGUUCCCAUGGACAGCUCCUGUAGCAGAUUCAAACUCUCCAAGGAGCAACGAAAAUCGCCCUCCUGCCAUGCCAUGGUAUAACUAUUAUCAGCAUCCAUUCUACUCACCAUUACCGUAUUAUUACCCUUGCAUGCCAAAUUACUACCCAACGACAACUCCAGAGUGUUAG